AUGACGGAACCAAUUGUAGAGUCGAGCCAAACGCCCCUCAUUCAGCAAUCACUCCAUACUCAAAGCUUCGCUCUACACUCAAACAUCAACUCUCUGCCGCCGUCAAGAAUCAAAGACGCCGGCGUAGGGAAUAUGUCUCUGUCAAUCCUUGAUCUGUCCGCUUCACGCCAGAAACUUGCGGCGGCGGCUAAGGAGUUAUUUGAGGGGUUCUUGGAGGAUGAAGGUGUCGGUGAAAGGAGUAACCAACAUGUGAAUGAAGGAGAUGGUGAACCACUCGUCGACCGGUGGUUGGAAGGUGUGGAAGUGGUGUCAUGGCCGGGUCUGGGUUUGAUAGAUUACCAAAAACCCUCACUCUCUCAUCCCUCACGGCCUGCCACCGAAGCCGGCUUCGUCAACCUCACCGACCACCCACUGGUUUUACGGCCUACGGUUAUUCUUAUAUUGGAGCGCCUUUUAAGGAGGUCAGAAUUCAGAGCAGAUACUGUAAUUGGGGCAAGGAUGUCUGAGGUUGGAUAUGCUCAUCUAAAGGAAGAAAUUGGUGAUGAUGUCAUAGCAACAUUGGCAGAGAUUGUUUGGUAUGAUGACAAACCUCUAUUUCUCUCUUUUAUGAAGGAGCUAUUUCAAAGAAAAGUACCAAAAACAGAAGAAGUUAGAAAGAAGGAAUCAUCUGAUUAUCAAGCUAAAUAUUGCCCACCAAAAAUUUUGCAUGGAAUUUGUCAGUUUGGCGUAAUAGAUUGUGCCAUCGCUUUUCUCGGAGGGGAGACCGGUUUCAUCGCUGAUCUCAAUAUUCCCUUUAACGAUGGAUUAUAUCCAUUGCAUUUAGCAGCUAAUGGUUUAUCAUAUGAAAUGAUUGCGACAUUGCUUAGCCAUGGAGCUCAGACUGAUGUCAGAACCAUAGAGGGUAAAUUUAGGGGCGACUUGUUUCCUCUCAACGUAUCACUUGAAACAGUAAGUUAUCAUCGAUCCUUGAUUGAUUGUACCCCAAAACAGUCUAUCUUCAAAUUGAUCGUUGUUCUUUGUCUGCCUCAAAUGAAAGUACCAUUAGAAAUUAAUAGGUUGCUGGCAUGGAACACAAAGGAGGUUGAUAAAAUAUUUAUUCAUUAUGCUAUGGAGGGAGAACUUAUUGAGAUGGCUACUCUACUGAUGGUUGCUCGAGAAAAGUUAAUCCCUUUGAGCAUGUCAAUACGCAAAAGCAUCAUUGAAGAGAUUGUAGGACUAACUGAAGAUGAAAUCAAAUUGAUCGGAAGUCACAAGAAUGAUAAGUUGGUUGAAGAGAUUGUAGGACUAACUCAAGAUGAAAGCAAGUUGCUCGGAAUUAAUAAGAUUGGUAAGUUGGUUCGGUCGCUUAACGAUAUUAAGGCAGCGAUGACGCGGGGAAUAUUGUUGCUCAAAGUGUUUGAGAAGGCUGGUGUUGCUCUUGAAAAAUACAGGCAGUUAGUACAGAGUGAAAUGCCAAAAGAAAAGGUGGUCAACGACAUUAAGGCGCUGCUUGAGAGAGCCGGGUUUGUUAUAAACGACAAAGAUGUUGAUUUAAGUGACAUUGACUGUGAAAGUGAAAGUAUCAAAGAGGCAACGGAAGAAUUAGAAGAGAGUUUAACAAUGAGGUCUUAUUCAAAGGAUCUCUGGAUGCCACCUCCCUCACUGUCUAACAGUUUUUCCGAGGAAAAGAGUUCGGUCAUAUAUAAAACUUUUAGAACAUUCAUCGAAUAUGGGCCCCUUGUUUUUACGCCUUCGUCACGGUCAUACGUUACAUUCCCGCUCAUGGAUAAAAAGACACAUCGUGUUGCUAUAAGUGCUAACUUUUCGAGAACCCCUAGACCCCCAGCAAUGAUAGUAUCUGCGGCAUAUCUUCUAUCAAGAAAUCAGUUUGCCUCCUUGGCAUUAGCAAUCAAGAAGAGGUUAACUUGCAUAUGAUUGGCAAAUAAGGUUAUUCUUAUAUUGGAGUGCCUUUUAAGGAGGUCAGAAUUCAGAGCAGAUACUGUAAUUGGGGCAAGGAUGUCUGAGGUGUAAUUGUGUUGAAAAACCCUAUGGCACCACUACAGCAAGGGAGAUUACAGCAGAGGAUCGGGGCUCCCUUUUUCUUACUUAUAUUACUGUUGGAUAUGCUCAUCUAAAGAAGAAAUUGUUUGUGAUGAUGACAAACCUCUAUUUCUCUCUUUUAUGAAUGAGCUAUUUCAAAGAAAAGUACCAAAAACAGAAGAAGUUGGAAAGAAGGAAUCAUCUGAUUAUCAAGCUAAUAGUUUAUCAUAUGAAAUGAUUGCGACAUUACUUUGCCAUGGAGCUCGGACUGAUGCAGAACCAUAGAGGGUGAAUUUAGGGGCGACUUGUUUCCUCUCAACGUAUCACUUGAAACAGUAAGUUAUCAUCGAUCCUUGAUUGAUUGGACCCCAAAAAAAUCUAUCUUCAAGUUGAUCGUUGUUCUUUUGUCUGCCUCAAAUGAAAGUACCAUUACAAAUUAAUAGGUUGCUGGCAUGGAACACAAAGGAGGUUGAUAAAGUAUUUAUUCAUUAUGCUAUGGAGGGAGAACUUAUUGAGAUGGCUACUCUACUGUUGGUUGCUCGAGAAAAGUUAACCCUUUAAGCAUAUUCUAUUUGGUAACGGACGGUUCCAGGUCUUAGAGCUUGUUCGUGCCGAGCAGAGAUGACUACUCAUUCUAUCGACGAUGUAGGGGGUUCUUCAUGGUUUAGCAGUGGACUUCUUUUUAGUUGUUCGCUUUCCAGUAUUGGCUUUUGAUUAGGGGUCCACCAGAUGGAUUCCCGAGUUGUAUUAUAAUUGGAGGAGUUGGAUGUAACAGACUAGUUCUUAUUUAUAAGAU